AUGCGUCGAUUUAUUAAUCGGAUGGAUCAUUACCCUUCCAUAUUUGAAGAUCGUGAAAUUGAGUUUUUGUGUUCGUGCAAAGGCUUGGUUUGGAUAAGUCUUACUCCAAGAGGUUGGAGUAAAGAAUUUUAUAUUUGGAAUCCGUCAACGGAAGUAUACAAGAACAUACCAAGGCCACCUUUUGUAGACUACGAAGAUGUAUACGGGGAGAUAGAGGGAUAUGGAUUUUGUUAUGAUAACAAGACUGAUGAUUACAAAUUGAUAAGGGUCCUGGCUGAGGAGACUUCAAGGUGUUCUAAUAUUGAUGUUUAUUCAUUAAAUUUAAAUUCAUGGAGAACCAUUCAGGGGUUACCUUACUAUCUUUAUAAAAGACAUUCUGGAGUGCUCUUUUGUGGAGCUCUACAUUGGCUUGCACGUACCUCUGGAAAAUACUCCACCGUACUUGUCCGCUUAGAUAUCAUCCAUGAGAGAUUUGAAGAGAUAGCACUGCCAGAAGCACCUAUGCCAUAUCCAGAAGAACCUUUAGAGAAAAAUAUGUUUGCUAUAGACGUGGCAGUAUUGGGAGGGUGCCUAUGUUUAGUUUUUCGUGUUUUUAGAGUGCGCGUGGACAUAUGGAUGAUGCAAGAUUACGGAGUGGGGGAAUCUUGGACUAAAAGUUUCUCCAUUACAGUAGAGGACAUAACUAAUAGCUGGUAUUUGGAGGUGAUAUGGAGUUUCAAGAACGAUGAGAUUUUAUGGGCGGUGGAUCGGGGUCUCAUUUUAUAUGAACCAAAAAACAAAACAUACAAAAAAACGGUGCUCAAUUCUGUUACCGAAAGGGGCAUUAUAGCACGGAAUUAUACGAUCAGUUCAGUUUCUCUUUAA